AUGAGCGGCGAGCAGGAGCGCGGGCAGAUGCCAGGCAGUUUAUUUUUUUUUACAGUUGAGCAACCAGAAAAGAAAGAGUUACAGAUACAUUGUGGUGAAUCAGAAGUUAACAUCCAACAAUGCUGUAAACACUGCACAGUCCAAGAAAAGCAACAUGAACAAGUCACCCCCAAAUUUUUGAAAGGACAAUUUUGCUUGAAGCUGGAUGAUGAAGGAACUUAUGAAUGUACAGCAACAGGAUUAAUUUUUGAAGUAACUGGACCUGUUACCAUUGAAUAUUCAGUUUUGUCUUGGACCAGAUAUGCUGCUUAUGUUAAAGAUCCUUGGAUUAUUGUGGGCCCUAUAUUUGAUAUCAAAUGUACAUCCUCCAUUCUUACUUCCAUUCAGUUUCCACACACCCUCUGCCUGAAUGAUCAUUUGUCUGAGAAGCCCUUCAAAGUAUUCCACUUCAAAAAGAAUGGUCCAGAAUUUGAAUGUUCCAUUGAUCACUCAACCACACAUGUCAAAUGGCAUGUGAGCUCACUAUCUCCAGUUGGGCCAGUAAUUGAGAGAUAUGCUCCAGUAUAUUAUCAUGGGGUAGUCAUUUUAUAUAAAGUUAUCAAUGACCAUCCUUCCUUGAAGUUCCGUGUGUAUAUAGCUACAAAUAACAAUUCAUUUAUAAAGGAUAUAUCCAAAACUGUAAGACGAUCGCUUAAUAAAUUCAUUAAAAUUGAAAAACCUCCUUGUCAUAAAUUACUGCAAAAUGGAAAGAAAUACAGAUUAAAUAGUGAUCCAGAAGCUGACAUAACCCCUGAGGAAAUUCAGUUUGGAGAUGACUCCACCCUGGCAGAGAAACCUUUCUUUGAAGUAUAUUUAGAACAGCCAGUGGAACUUAUGUUAUCUCUGGUGAAUGUGGAGUCUGAAGAAGUUGUGUGGAAGGCAAAGCUAAGAGAAUGUGACUGGACCGCACAUAACCAGAACGAUAAUGAGCAGAAAAAAUCUCUUAACUGUGUAGGAGACAGACAAAUAAGGACCUGUGCUUUAAUUUCAGAGGACUUGAAAGAACCAUCCUCUUCUUUUGAUGACCCCAUGCUAACUGGAGUGCUGCAGGUUGAAGUAACAUCAUUUGUGGGGCACAGGGUCCACAUCCCUAGCUUUGAUAAUGUUGCUGCUGGACAGAUAGCACUUCUACAGGUAUUGGCUGAUUUUCAGUCCUUCCCGUUGCGGUUCUCAUUCCCUGAAAAAGCUGCUUUGGAACUAACUUUGAAGCUAGUUUGUAUUGGGGAUACAUGGGACUGA